GGGCGGGGGCCGGCGCGCGCCGAACUCCCCGGGCCGACUUCCGGCGGGUGCGUUGCUGGAGCAGCGUGGCGCGGCUUUUGCAGGUCUCAUUUUGCUUCUGAAUUCCUGCUUCGCAGGAAGCAAUGGCAGCCCGAGUUCUCGUGAUUGGCAGUGGAGGGAGGGAGCAUGCCCUGGCCUGGAAACUUGCACAGUCUCAUCAUGUCAAACAAGUGUUGGUUGCCCCAGGAAAUGCAGGCACUGCCUGUUCUGGAAAGAUCGUAAAUGCUGCUGUCUCCAUUGAUGAUCACACUGUCCUUGCUCAGUUCUGCAAAGAUGAAAAGAUUGAAUUCGUGGUUGUUGGGCCAGAGGCCCCUCUGGCUGCAGGGAUUGUUGGGGACCUGACCCGAGCAGGAGUACGAUGCUUUGGCCCCACAGCCCAAGCAGCUCAGUUAGAGUCCAGUAAAAAGUUUGCCAAAGAGUUUAUGGACCGACAUGGAAUCCCGACUGCACAGUGGAGAGCAUUCACCACACCUGAAGAUGCCUGCAGCUUCAUUAUGAGCGCCAACUUUCCUGCUUUGGUUGUGAAGGCCAGUGGCCUUGCUGCUGGGAAAGGGGUGAUUGUUGCAAAGAGCAAAGAGGAGGCCUGCAGAGCCGUGCAGGAGAUCAUGCAAGAAAAGUCUUUUGGAGCAGCUGGAGAAACGGUUGUCGUGGAAGAGUGUCUGGACGGGGAAGAAGUGUCUUGUCUGUGUUUCACUGAUGGGAAGACAGUGGCCCCAAUGCCCCCAGCACAGGACCACAAACGAUUGCUGGAUGGAGACCAGGGCCCCAACACAGGGGGGAUGGGAGCCUAUUGCCCAGCACCUCAGGUUCCUAAAGAUUUGUUACUGAAAAUUAAAAACACUAUUCUUCAGAGAACCGUAGAUGGCAUGCAGCAGGAAGGUGUUCCUUACACAGGAAUUCUCUAUGCUGGUAUCAUGCUGACCAAAGAUGGCCCAAAAGUUUUGGAGUUUAAUUGCCGUUUUGGUGAUCCAGAAUGCCAAGUAAUCCUCCCGCUUCUUAAAAGUGACCUUUAUGAAGUGAUUCAGUCCACCUUAGAUGGCCUGCUGAAUACAUCUCUGCCUGUUUGGCUAGAAAACCAUACUGCCAUAACUGUUGUCAUGGCCAGUAAAGGGUAUCCUGGAGCCUAUACCAAGGGUGUGGAGAUCACAGGGUUUCCUGAGGCCCAGGCUUUAGGACUCCAGGUAUUCCACGCGGGCACUGCUCUUAAAGAUGGCAGAGUAGUGACCAGCGGAGGCAGAGUCCUCACGGUAACAGCCGUCCAGGAAAAUCUGGUGUCAGCCCUUGAAGAAGCCAGGAAAGGACUCGCCGCUAUAAAGUUUGAGGGAGCAGUUUAUAGGAAGGACAUUGGCUUCCGUGCUGUGGCCUUCCUCCAGCAGCCCAGGGGCCUGACUUACAAGGAAUCUGGGGUAGACAUUGCAGCCGGAAAUAUGCUGGUUAAGAAAAUUCAGCCUUUAGCAAAAGCCACCUCCAGACCAGGCUGCAGCGUUGACCUUGGAGGCUUUGCCGGUCUUUUUGAUUUGAAAGCAGCUGGUUUCAAAGAUCCUCUUCUGGCCUCUGGAACAGAUGGUGUUGGGACUAAACUGAAGAUUGCCCAACUGUGCAGUAAGCACGACACCAUUGGUCAGGAUUUGGUCGCCAUGUGUGUCAACGACAUCCUAGCCCAAGGAGCAGAGUCCCUCUUCUUCUUAGACUACUUUGCCUGUGGAAAGCUUGACCUCAAAACGACUGAAGCUGUAGUUGCUGGAAUUGCUGAAGCUUGUGGACAAGCUGGCUGUGCUCUCCUGGGUGGGGAGACCGCGGAGAUGCCCGACAUGUACCCCCCUGGCGAAUAUGACCUCGCCGGGUUUGCUGUGGGCGCUAUGGAGAGGGACCAGAAACUCCCUCAGCUGGAAAGGAUCGCCGAAGGGGAUGUUGUUGUUGGAGUAGCUUCCUCUGGGCUUCACAGCAACGGCUUUAGCCUUGUGAGGAAGAUUGUGGAGAGGUCUUCUCUCCAGUACUCCUCUCCAGCGCCUGAUGGCUGUGGUGAUCAGACUCUAGGGGACCUGCUUCUAACCCCAACCAGGAUCUACAGCCGUUCGCUGCUGCCUGUCAUCCGUUCUGGCCAUGUCAAAGCCUUGGCUCACAUUACUGGAGGGGGGUUGCUGGAGAACAUCCCCCGAGUCCUGCCUCAGAAGCUUGGAGUAGAUUUAGAUGCUUGCACCUGGAAGAUCCCCAAGGUCUUCUCGUGGUUACAGCAGGAAGGACAGCUCUCUGAAGAGGAAAUGGCCAGAACCUUCAACUGUGGGGUUGGAGCUGCCCUGGUGGUGUCUAAGGACCAGGCAGACCAGAUUCUGCACGACAUUCGGCAGCGCCAGGAGGAAGCCUGGGUGAUAGGCAGUGUCGUGGCAUGUCCUGAAGAUUCCCCUCGUGUCAGAAUCAAGAAUCUGAUCGAAACCAUGCAAAUAAAUGGGUCAAAGAUGACAAAUGGCUUCCAGAGAAGUAAUUUCCCUGCCCACCACAAGAAGGCAAGAGUGGCUGUCUUAAUAUCUGGAACAGGAUCGAACCUCCAAGCACUCAUAGACAGCACCCGGGAUCCAAAGAGCGCCACACACAUUGUCGUUGUCAUCUCCAACAAGGCUGGGGUCGCGGGCUUAGACAAAGCCCAGAAGGCUGGCGUUCCCACCAGAGUAAUUAACCAUAAACUAUAUAAAAGUCGGAUUGAAUUUGACAAUGCUGUUGACCACGUCCUGGAAGAGUUCUCUGUAGACAUAGUCUGUCUCGCGGGAUUCAUGAGGAUUCUCUCUGGCCCUUUUGUCAAAAAAUGGGAUGGGAAAAUGCUCAACAUCCACCCAUCCUUGCUGCCUUCUUUCAAGGGUUCAAACGCUCACGAGCAAGUCCUGGAAGCUGGAGUCAUGAUUACCGGGUGUACCGUACACUUUGUAGCUGAAGAUGUAGAUGCGGGACAGAUCAUCCUACAAGAAGCCGUCCCUGUGAAGAGGGGCGACACCGUUGCGACCUUGUCUGAAAGAGUUAAAGUGGCAGAACAUAAGAUCUUCCCUGCAGCCCUCCAGCUGGUGGCCAGCGGGGCUGUGCGUCUGGGGGACGAUGGCAAGAUCCACUGGACCAGAGAGCAGUGAGGCCUGACUCCAGAGGACGGCUGUUUGCUGGGUGCCUUCCGUCUUUUCAUGGUGGUCUUGGCCCAGACUAAAAUAGCUGCUAACAGAAGACUGUAUCCACCAGGCGGUGGAGACACACGCCUUUUAUCCCAGCACUUGGGAGGUAGAGCCAGGCGGAUCUCUGUGAGUUUGAGGCCAGCCUGG